CCCCCACCCUCCCUCUCUUCCCACUCCCUUCUCUGCCUCUCCUCUCCAGCUGAUAAAUGUCCAGGAGUAACCAAAGUACUUCCUCAUUCUCUUCCAAGGAAAGGGAAGCAUCUGUAGUUCCUCCAGCCAGAUGCUGCUUGCAGCUGCAGCUGUGCUCAGUAGUGACAAGGAGGGGUGGAAAUACCACGGGCAGCAGAGUGUGCAAGUAGGUGACCAUCGUACCUGUCCAUUAUGGAGAAGAACACUACAAUGAUUCCGCUGACUACAGAUGUACCUAACAAGAAGGAGACUGUGUGCAUUUUUGGAACAGGGGAUUUUGCAAGAUCUCUAGGACACAAAAUGAUGCAGUGUGGCUAUUCUAUAGUAUUUGGAAGCCGAGGUGCUCAGACUUCUUCUCUGAUCCCUGAAGGAGCCACAGUGCUUUCUCAUGCAGAAGCUGCAGAAACAUCUGCUGUUAUCAUUUUAGCAGUCCACAGAACACAUUACAGCUUUCUGGAAAACCUAAGGGAAGUUCUCCGUGGGAAAGUGCUGGUGGAUGUGAGCAACAACCUCAAAAUAAACCAGUACCCGGAAUCCAAUGCUGAAUAUCUUGCCCAGCUCCUGCCAGGCAGCAAGGUGGUGAAAGCAUUUAACACCGUGUCAGCCUGGGCUCUGCAGUCAGGUGCUCUGGAUGCAAGCAGACAGGUAUUUGUCUGUGGAGAUGACAGCAAGUCAAAGGAAAAGGUGAUGGAGAUCGUUCGAAGCCUUGGUCUUACUCCAUUGGAUAAAGGGUCUCUCUUAGCAGCAACGGAAAUUGAGAAUUACCCUUUGCAACUUUUCCCAAUGUGGAAAUACCCCAUCUAUCUCUCCCUUGUCCUCAGUGCAUUCAUCUUCUUCUACUGCGUGGUCCGCGAUGUGGUCUAUAAUUACGCUAAGCAACAAGUGGACCGUUCCUUUUUUAUUGCCAUCAGUAUCCCAAACCGUGUCUGCCCUGCUGUGGCACUCAUCCUCCUCGCUCUGGUUUACUUGCCUGGGAUCUUUGCCGCUGUUCUCCAGUUAUACAGAGGUACAAAGUACAGACGCUUUCCAAAUUGGCUAGACAAAUGGAUGCUCUGCAGGAAACAGCUUGGCUUGGUAGCCUUGGCUUACGCUUUCCUCCAUGUUUUGUACACACUCGUUAUCCCUAUUCGGGGCUAUGUACGAUGGAGGUGGACCUCUUACACCAUUGCACAGGUGUUGAACAACAAAACGGAACCAUUGAACAACGAAAGAGCCUGGAUCAGUGACUCGUAUCUUUCUUUGGGUAUCUUGGGGUUCUUUCUGUUUGUCCUCCUGGGAAUAACAUCCUUGCCCUCUGUCAGCAACAGUGUCAACUGGAGAGAGUUUCGCUUCGUACAGUCUUAUCUGGGCUACCUGACGUUGGUGUUGUGUACUGUCCAUACACUGCUCUACGGUGGGAAGAGGUUCCUGAAUGCUGGCUCCUACCCAUGGUGCCUUCCUUCCGUUUACAUCCUCUCUCUCAUUAUUCCCUGCAUUGUGUUGGCCAUGAAGUUUUUCCUCAUAUUUCCAUGUAUCGACCGGCCGUUAACUGAUAUUCGACAGGGCUGGGAAAGAACAACCAAAGACGUAAGCCAGACAAACAGCAGCCACUGCAGGUCAGCUGUAUAAGCUCUUAGCAAACGUACAGUUUCAACACACAUUAUCUGCAAUAGCAAAAAA